AUGUCAAGCAAGAAGAAACACAAACGAAAACACAGCGACAUCGAUGAAGACGACGACGUUUUCUACUACCGCUACUGCGCUUCGUCCUCAACCCCCAACACCACCACCGGCACCACAUCCAGUAAUCAACCCCAAUCAAAACCGAACAACAAAGGAUCAUCAAUAGGAGGAACAGGUGAACCCUUAGCACCAUCAAAAUCGACGCUAUACGUUUCUAAUCUAGAUUACUCCCUAACAAACUCCGAUCUCCAUACGCUCUUCUCUACUUUCGGCCGCAUCGCGCGUGUAACCGUUCUCAAAGACCGUCACACGCGCCUAAGCCGCGGUGUCGCGUUUGUCCAAUUCGUUUCUCGUAAUGACGCCCAACGCGCCGUGGCGGAGAUGAAUAAGAAGAUUCUCAAUGGAAGGACUCUAACUGCUUCUAUUGCUGCUGAUAAUGGACGUGCUCCGGAGUUUAUUCGGAAGCGCGUGUACAAUACUGAGACUGCUUUGUGUUAUGAGUGUGGGGGGCAUGGUCAUUUGUCGUAUGAGUGUCCUAAGAAUCAGUUGGGGCCGAGGCCGCGGCCUCAGCCUAAGAAGCCGCGACGGGGAUUUAGUGGGCUGAGGGAUAGGGAUGGGGAGGAGGAAGGUGAUGAUGAGGAGGAGGAGGGUGGUCAGAUUGCUGCGGAGCAGUUUGACGAUAAUUGGGCUUCUGUUGUGGAUGAUGAAGCGGGUGAAAGGUUGCUGGGGAGAAACAGAAAUGAUGAUGAGGGUUUGGACAACAACAAGACGAAGAAGAAAGGGAAGAAAGCUGGGUAUUUCAGUGAUGAGAGUGAUCAUGAUGAUGAUGAUUGAUCAUGACUAUGUAGCAUUGACACUUCAGAUUGAAGGUGUGUGUUUGGUAUUCCGCAUUACCGCAUUAUUCAACUAGUCCUGUGUGUCGUGUCUAUAUAUGUGCCAGUG